CCUUGGGCCUUGGGGUUGUGGAGCCAGUUUGGGCAUGGGGACUGUUUCUGAUUCCAGGCUGCCUUCUCUCAUCCCAGCAGGCCUCUGGUGCUGGUCAUCACAGUGGUUAUGAGGAAGGUUGGAUCGUGUGUCUCAUCUUUUCCUUGUUGGCCUUCUUUCUCUCAGUUCUUCCAAAAGGUAUGUCCAGGCCAUCCCUCAUCACGUUCACUCCAGCCAUGGACUCCAGUGACCUCUGGAAGGAUGGGCAGCAGCAGUCCAAGCCUGAGCAGCCAGAGCCCAUUCUGGAUGGGGCUGCAGCCCGGGCUUUCUACGAGGCUCUGAUUGCAGGUGACAGUAGUGUCCCUAGGCCUCAGAGAUCUGAGCCCACCAGGCAAAGAAAGAUGAAAAAGAGAAGGGAGGCUGCGGCAGAAGCUGGGGCCACGAGCACAUCAGGACCCCGAAGAUCCUUGGAAGACGACAAGACAACCCAGCGGAUCCUGAAGGCAGCCCAGAACGGGGACGUGGCAGAACUUAGAAGAUUGCUGGAGCCUCAGGAAGCAGGAGGGGCUGGAGGGAACAUCAAUGCUCACGACGCCUUCUGGUGGACUCCCCUGAUGUGUGCUGCCCGAGCAGGCCAGGGGGCUGCUGUGCACUAUCUCCUGAGCCGGGGAGCUGCCUGGGUGGGAGUCUGUGAACUGGGCGGCAGGGAUGCUGCACAGCUUGCUGAAGAAGCGGGAUUCCCUGAGGUAGCCCGCAUGGUCAGAGAGAGCCAUGGAGAGACGAGAAGCCCAGAGAACCGGUGAGGGGGAGACUCAGCUCCUAUCACUUUC